CCUCACCUGGUGCCCACCUGUGCCCCCCAGGGGCAGUGCCAGUGGCGGCAGCCGCCGGGGCGGGAGAUUUACCGCAAGAGCAACAUCUCGGUCUACGAGGUGGACGGCAAGGACCACAAGAUCUACUGCCAGAACCUGUGCCUGCUGGCCAAGCUGUUCCUGGACCACAAGACCCUCUACUUCGACGUGGAGCCCUUCGUGUUCUACCUGCUCACCGAGGUCGACCGGCACGGAGCCCACAUCGUGGGGUACUUCUCAAAGGAGAAGGAGUCCCCCGACGGGAACAACGUGGCCUGCAUCCUCACCCUGCCCCCCUACCAGAGACGGGGCUACGGGAAGUUCCUCAUCGCCUUCAGUUACGAGCUGUCCAAGCUGGAGAGCACCGUGGGGUCCCCGGAGAAGCCGCUGUCGGACCUGGGCAAGCUGAGCUACCGGAGCUACUGGUCCUGGGUGCUGCUGGAGAUCCUCAGGGACUUCCGGGGCACCCUCUCCAUCAAGGACCUCAGCCAGAUGACCAGUAUCACCCAGACCGACAUCAUCAGCACGCUGCAGUCGCUCAACAUGGUCAAGUACUGGAAGGGCCAGCACGUCAUCUGCGUCACCCCCAAACUGGUCGAGGAGCACCUCAAGAGCGCCCAGUACAAGAAGCCCCCCAUCACAGUGGACUCCAUCUGCCUCCGCUGGGCCCCCCCGAAGCACAAGCAGGCCAAGGUGGCCAAGAAGUGAUUUUGGGGAGGGGUCUCCAGCCCCUCCCCCCCCACCCUGGGACCCCCCAGGCCCCCAAAAUUUGGGGGUCUCUGUGUCCCCCUCCUCAAAAUUUGGGGGGUUCUGGGACUCCCCCUCCUCAAAUUUGGGGGGUCCUGGGACUCCCCCUCCUAAAAUUUGGGGGUCCUGUGACUCCCCCUCCUCAAAAUUUGGGGGGUCCUGGGAAUCCCCCCCCUCAAAUUUGGGGGGUCCUGGGACUCCCCCUCCUCAAAUUUGGGGGGUCCUGGGACUCCCCCCCUCAAAUUUGGGGGGUCCUGGGACUCCCCCUCCUCAAAUUUGGGGGUCUCUGUGUCCCCCUCCUCAAAUUUGGGGGGUCCUGGGACUCCCCCCCCACUCCCAGUUUUUUGGGGGGGGUCUUUAUGUUUCCCCCCCUCAAAUUUGGGGGGUCUUGGGACUCCCCC